AUUCCUAGUUACAUUUUCACCGCAUACGGAUCUGUGUGGACAAUUUUCACAGCCGCCAUUUUUACUGCUCUUGCUUUUUCACCGAUCAAAUGGAAAUCUACAAAAAGGAUGGAUUCUUCCAAAAGUACUGCGAAACUAUGCUCAGUGGCAUCAGUCAAAAUGAGUUCAACGAUUUUGCCCAACUGGAAAGUGACGAGAAGCGGUUUGAAUUCAUAAAUGCACUGAAAUCCAUUGUCACCGAGCUGAAGCUUGCACGUGAGUUCAAUGGCAAAAGUCUGGAGCGAUCGUUUGAGUACAAGAAGCUCGGCAAUCUUGCGUUUCAAAAGGAAAACUGGAACGAAGCUUUGGCUUGUUACAAUUUGUGCUACUUGUCUACGCCGGAUACGAAUGCAGCCGAAAAGGCGAUCAUCUUGGCUAAUAGAUCAGCAGCACUGUAUCACAUGGAAAAAUACGAUCAAGCCUUGAAAGAUAUCCAACGUGCAAUCGAUUAUAAAUAUCCGAAGGAUCUCAUGUACAAGAUUACGGAGCGCAAGGCACGCUGUUAUCUCGGCAAGAAGGACCAUGUUAAAGCUCUAGAAUGCUUCAAGGAUACCCUUCCGGCAUUGGACGAUUGCAAGCUCCCACUUGAGCGCCGCCAAAAGCUCGAACGAGAUGCACAAAUCAUGAUCAAGCUGCUUCCGAAGAACAUCGAAGCAGAAGCAAAACUAGCAAAGUCUACAAAGCGAUCUCCAGCAGCUCCCAAAAACGCUUCUUAUCCAGAACACUACGUCGAUAAGGGAUUAUACUUUGAUUACUCACAAGACGAGGGUCGCUUUGCCAAGACCAAUACGGAUCUAAAACCGAAUGAAAUUCUAAUUUUGGAAAAACCUCACGUUUCCGUACUGUUGGAGGAGUAUAGCUUGAGCCAUUGCAGUUCCUGCUUUAAGCGAGUUUCAAUUCCGAUUUGCUGUCCUAAGUGUUCGGAUGUAAUCUUUUGCUCUGAAACAUGCGAGAAAGAGGCAAAUUCAAGCUAUCACCAGUAUGAGUGUGGAUUUCUGCCGAUUUUCUGGAAAUCAGGAGCGUCCAUUACUUGCCACAUGGCACUGAGAAUGAUCACACAGAAGUCUGAGAAAUAUUUCAUGAACAUACGCCAGGAACUGGAUGGGUUGAAGAGUGAACUGACUGAUAAGUUAGCCAAUGACGACUAUCGGAAGGUGUACCAGCUGGUUACUCAUGAGGACAAGCGUACGCCGGAGGAUUUCUUUCAACGCACAUUAAUGGCAACUUUGCUGAACGCUUGCCUAACACUUGGUGGUUAUUACAAAUCAAAAGAUUCAGAAAGUUUCAUCGGUGGACUAUUGGUACACAACCUACAGCUUCUGCAAUACAACGCUCACGAAAUCUCCGAGCUCCAGCGGGAAACCGAGCGUGACAUAGGCAAAUCAACGUUCAUCGGUGGCGGUCUCUAUCCAACACUGGCUCUCUUCAAUCACUCCUGUGAACCUGGAGUAACCCGAUUCUAUCGAGGCAAUUCGGUUUGUGUACGGACCGUAAAAAAUAUCCCGUCCGGCUCCAUGGUAGCUGAAAACUAUGGCCCCCUAUUUACCCAAGUCUCCCGAGAGGAACGCCGCAGCACCCUUCUGAAUCAGUACAAGUUCUCCUGUAACUGCCUGGCGUGUUCAGAAAAUUGGCCCAAAUUCGCUGACAUGAACCAAACUGUACUGCGUUUCAAAUGUGAUGGCGGGAAGAUCUGUUCCAAUGUGCUAGAGAUUCCAGUGGAGAUUAACGAGUUCAUGGUACUCUGCACUGAGUGUGGUGAACACACCAACAUUAUGAAGGGACUCAAGUCAUUACAGGAUACUGACAUGUUGUUCAAAUCGGCCACUAAAUUGCAUGACGCAGAUGCAUACGAUCAUGCUCUUCGGAAAUACGUGGAAAUGAUGAAUACAUUGGAUGAAGUUUUGGUGCCACCGUAUCGCGAUUACCAUCUGUGCCAACAAGGAUUACGAGCCUGUAUGCUUGAAUUUGGAAAUCGAUACGUGAAAAUGGUUAAUAAGAAGUAGGAUCAACGUUGUCUUAGUGAUACCCAUAAAAUAAA